UUUACAGUUAUAGAAUUAAACUAAAUUUCCUUAUAGACUUAAAACUGAACAAAAAAGAAGGUCAUCUCCUUCGUAUAAUUAGGUUAACAUAUCAAAACCGUUUCUUCCAAAAAACUUUGCUCUCUUGCUUUUCCUUUGCUUGCCACGCCGUCAUCCCUCGCCGUCGCUUUCCUCCUUUGAUCGUCGCCGCUUCAGACCUCCGCUCGUCACAUCGUCGUUUCUUACUUUUCCUUCGCUCGCCACGCCGUUGUCCCUCGCCCUCUGAUCGCCGCCGCUUUCCUCCUCCGCUCGCCAUAUCGUCGUUGUCCUCUGCGUAUUUGUUGAAGAAAAUUAUCAAGUUUAGAAUUUUUGAACUUUUUUUUUCUGGAGUUGGGUAAAUGGUAGAUCCAAAUUUUGAAAUCAAUGAGAAAAGUUUCAAUACAUAAUUUUACAAUUUAGGAUGUUCUAAUUUAUUAUAAUUGAUUAAGAAAACACAAAGAAGGCAAUUAUUAUUUUUUGGAUAUUAAAUUUUGAUAGGGUAAAUUUCAUUUUGAUGUUUGAUAAGUUUGUGUGUUAUGAACAGAAACGAUUAUUUGUUGAGUAAAAGACACAACACUGUAUAUUUGUAAAUAAAAAUCAAUAGGUUGUAUUUUUAGUAAUUAAGUUUCCAUUUGACAGAAUUUUUGUAAAGUAAAUGUUUAGGUAGUAUUCCUGUAAAUAUUUUAGUUGUUUCUGCUAUUUGUGUAAAAAUCUCUUCUUUGAAUGGGACUUUAUGGGCUAUUUUAAAAAGCCCACCAGCUGAGUCAGCAGCCAUGUCAUUUUCUGUGAUUAAAGUCAGCGUUUAGUGUUUGGAUUUUCUGAAUUUUGCUGUCAUUUCAUGUGGCAAAACGGCAGCGCAUUUGUGCCUUUGCCUUAGUUUCUCUAGCCAUUUGGCAGCUUCCAAAAUGCUAAUGCCAUUUGUUCUUAGUUUCAAUCGCUACAAUGUUGUGCUUGCAACUGAUAAAAUAAUCAGAACUCUUUUCCAAAAUACACUUUUUUGAUUUCCCUUCCCGUAGCUCUACAGAAACCUCGAAAUCGAUCGAUGUCGAUUCAAGAAGACGAGUCCAUUCUGACCAGACUAAAGUCAGCAUCAUCGGAUUUGAAAUCUCUACUUGAAGCAUCGAAAAAAAUGGAAAACAGCUUACAAAAAAUGGGCAAUAGAUUUACUCAAAUUGAUGACUGUCUAUCAAUAACUUCUAAGAGAUUAGCUCCUUUGCAUUCUCUAUCUGUUGCUGCAAAAGCUCUCGAAACAAGAAUCAACAGAGCUGUCUCGCCUGCUCUUCUUCUCCUCGAUACCUUCAAGCUUACGGAAUCUCUCCAAACCAAAAUCCUCGCAGUUUCUUCCGAAUUAUCCGCCGAGGAAAAGCCAAAGAAAAGGCUUAAACUCUUGCUUAAGUUCGUUGAUUGCGUGGAUAAGUUAAAUGCAGCUAUCAACACAAUUAGUCAGGAUGGUGAGCCGGUGAUUCAGAAGCUACAAGAAGUGGUUGAAUUUCUGAGCAGGACUAAAGCCACUGAUCAGUACAGAGCGCAUAGGUUGAGAGAAACUCUGGUUACUCUUAAAGCUCUCUUCGAAACGGAGGUUGAUGCUGUGAAAUUUGAUGGAUUACUUGAUGAAGCUCUACUCAAUUUGCAAGAUGAUUUUGAGGGUAUUUUGUUGCAGUUAAAGCACCAAAAUAUUGACGAGUCGCGUGAGGAUAAUGACGAUGAAUCUGAUGUCAAAGCUCCUAAUUCUGAUCUGGCUUCGGCCAUGGAGAUUAAAAUUCUCAGACGAAUUUCUGAGACAUUAGCUGCUAAUGAUUGCUUGGAUAUAUGCAUUGAUGUAUUCCUCAAGGUGAGAUAUAAAAGAGCGGCCAAAGCAUUAAUGCGACUGAAUCCAGAUUAUUUGAGGACAUACAAUCCUGAAGAAAUCGACGGAAUGGAGUGGGAGAAUUUAGAGACAUCGAUCAGUCUUUGGAUCCAACAUUUUCAACUUGCAGUUAGAACAGUUUUACUAUCAGAAAAGAAACUCACCAACCAAGUUCUUGGAGGAUUAAUGAAUGGAGCUGUCUGGAUGGAAUGCUUUGUUAAAAUUGCAGACAAAAUCAUGGCAGUCUUUUUUCGAUUUGGAGAAGGCGUAGCAAGAAGCGACAAAGAACCUCAAAAGCUUUUCAAGCUCCUAGACAUGUUCGAUUCAUUAGAAAAGCUUAAAACAGAAGUCUCUGAAAUCUUUGAAGGCGAAGCUGGAGCUGAUAUCUGCACAAGAUUUCGAGAGCUAGAAAAAUUAUUAAUCAACGCCUCUAGCAAAGUUUUCUGGGAAUUCGGUCUCAAAAUUGAAGGGAAUUCGGAUGGUUUACCACCACCACAAGAUGGUUCAGUCCCAAAACUGGUCAGGUACGCCAUAAAUUACCUCAAAUACUUAUGCACUGGAAAUUACAGUGCACCAAUGGCUAAAGUUCUCCGCACAGAACAAAUUUGGAAAGUCGGAAUCUUAUCAAAACCCGAACCUGACGAGAGUUUACUCAAUGAAGCACUCACAAACAUAAUGGAAGCACUUAAAAGAAACACAGAAUCAAAAAGAUUGCGUUACAGAGACAAAGUUCUACCCCAUGUGUUUGCCAUGAACACUUACUGGUACAUUUACAUGAGAACCAGAAACACCGAGCUCGGGAAGCUAUUAGGAGAGCAAUACCUGAAACAGAAUUACAAGGUAGUAACUGAAGAAUCAGCUUACAUGUAUCAACGACAAGUUUGGAUGCCACUUGUCAGGAUUCUUGAAAAGGAUCAAGAAGUGAAAAUAAGAAACAGCAGUACGAGUCAUAAAGAGAUGAUUAAUGUCAACGUAGUGAGAGGUAAAAUUGUGUCUUUUUUAAAGGGUUUUGAUGAAAUUGCAGAGAGGCAUAGUAAAGAGUCUGGUUAUGCGAUUCCUGAUGGUGAUUUGAGAGUUCAGAUUGGAGAAGCCACUGUGAAUUUACUGGUUCCUGCCUAUGCUAAAUUCUUGGAACUGUAUGGAAAUUUGCUUGAAUUGGAAGGUGUGGAAUUUGUUAGUCCUGAAACUAUACAGGAGGCGCUGGAUCAAAUUUUUAACUGUGGGGAUAGAGUAGGUGAUGUGAAAAUGAAGCGGCGUGAUACUAAAGACAUUCAUGGCGAGUUAAAGGAUUUUCGCCGAUCCAGGUCGAAUAAUAGCGAUUUGUAGAAGAUUUUUUCAUUAUAAUAUUAUAACAGGAGAGAAAAUGAGAGGUUUCUCUACUGCUGGAAUUGAAAUUUAGCAUGAGAAUUUCUAAUUUAUUUCUCAUUCUAUUUCUGUUGUAAAAGAAGCCUGUAGUUAUGUACUUUCAUUAAGAUCUGCAUAUGUAGAAAGUGUGCUUUUUCCUUGAA